CCAUGAAGAGGAACAAAAGGAAACCCACCACAAGGAACAAUGAGCAAGAUGCCAUCUCUGUGCCACCCUCCCAAGAUCCAGGAGAUCUUCAAAACAUGUUGGAUGGAGGAGAGUAUGCCCCUUUUGUAUCUCCUCCCAUUUUAGAGAGCAAUUUUAUCCAGGUUAACAGGAGAGGUGAAUCCAUUUACCUUCAUAACCGAGCCAACUGGGUGACUGUAGGCAUCUGCUCUUCCAGUAAAACCCAGAAGACCCCCAAUGUGAUGCUUCUAGCACAUCUGACACCUGAAGCCCAGAAAGAUAAAGAACCCCUGUUUCAAAGUCUCCUGAUAUCGCCUUCACCAGAGAACCUGGUGCUCACCAGGUUUCUACCUCUGCAGUUUGUGACUCUUUCGGUGCAUGAUGCUGAGAAUAUGCGCAUCAAAGUAAAGCUGGUGAGUGGUAGAGCCUACUACCUACAGCUCUGCGCCCCUGCAUGUAAACAGGACACCCUAUUUUGUCAAUGGGUGGAACUCAUCUCUCUCUUGAAUGAGGAGAAAGCCAAAGCUUCCAAACUGUCAGAAAUCUCAAGUCUCUCAGAAAUCACGAAUAGCACAGACAUCACAGGUUCAAUGGACAUCAUGGAUAUUGCAGCGUUCACAGCUGUAGAGACCCCACAUGAGUACACAUGCUCAGACCCUGUACAUGCGGUAGAAAGCAUUGAUUUCUCAGAUUUCUCCGAUGUCACUGAUGUCACCGACGUCACAGAUGUUCCAGAAAAUGAGGUCACAGAGGCCCCAGAUAUAAAUAUUGUCACUGAAGUUACAGAAGUCACAGACCUCUGUGAUGUCCCAAACUCAGAGGUCAUAGUGGUGUUUGAAAAUGAUGAUAUACUGAGGGCCAAGCAAGAAGAAAAGGAAAAAAUGGAAAAUAUUCUGAAGCCUGGGUGUCUACGAGAUACAAAAAGUAAGAAUGAGUUCAAAGAAUCCUCAAAACAUGUCACCAUCUCAAAUGUAACACUGACUUUCCAAGGUGAACGAUGUUUUCGUACUACCUUGACAGAAGAAGAAAGUGAGACAAGUUCAUCCAAAGGGUUGAGUGCUAGAACCUCUGAAAUAAAGAUAACUGAUUUUAAAAACACAGCUCUCAAGUUUGAAGAAUCCAGGAGCAUGAGAACUGAUUCAGUCACUUCAGGCUUACAUCCUUUUUUCAUUUUCCCUCUGAUUAGCAUUUCCGUCCCCCUUACCACAUUCCUAUGAAUCACUUUCUUUUCCCCUUUCAUACUUUCUAAUUCACACUUCACACUUCUUACCCCAAGAAGAGCAACGGUUACUUGCUCUUCUUACUCCCUUGUCCCAGUAAAUUUAGACUGAAUAUAGACAAAAAAUGAGUCUGUGAAUCUGAUUUCUAUUCUAGGCAGCAACCAGAAUAGUAACCGUUCCCCACUGCAAUUAAAUGAAAUUCUGGUACUAUUAACCCGGUCAGGUUCAUGUUCACCCAGCUGCGGGGCAAUGUUGGCUGGGGACCAUGGUCUCUUAUUUAUGUCUCAAACGUCUCAGCAGUUUGGCAGAAGGACACUCUUCUCCUUUCUGAAUAAGGUUGUGGGUAAAGUGGCACUUCACAUGUACUGUUUUUAUGACAAGGCUAAAAGGCAGAGCCCAGGCUGACACUGUCUCUCUCGAUCUGGGUCCAUCUCUCCCUUUUCUUAACUUGUAAUUUCUUACCUAUUUAGGUUUUACUCUCCUUAGCUUUGCUGAUCUCUUUACAGUGAACCCAAACUUAGGCUUACCUAUGGUUCUAUGGUAUUUUCCCAAGAUGGUAGACAAUUAGACAAAGGAUAGAGAACCAAGAAAGAAGAGAGGGAAAAUUGUUUAUGAAAUGCUGGGAGUGUCCUCUCCAUCUAAACCCAUCUUUCCUUUCCUCUUUCCUCUUAACUAUUGCAAAUUAAAUUCCUUGCAAUCCUAAGCAGCCAGGUUCAGUCUCUGUUUAUGGAACCCGGACUAAAAAGAGAAAGGGUGGGGGGACCCCAAAAGGGAACCUGUUCGUGAAAUUUAACAAUGGGCUCCAUUGGAAAGAAUAAAGACAUUUUAAAAAACUUUAGACCAAAUUAAGUUCUCUCUCCUUCUGUGCCUUUUUUCUCUCCUGCUUCUGGCUUUUUUCUUUCUUCCUCACCUCCCCCCCCUGCCCAUGAUCUCUUCCACUUUCCCCACUAUUUUUCUUUUGCCCUCUGGCUCCCUCCCCUCUUGUCAAAUCUACUUCCCUCAAACUCCUGCCUCAUCUGUU